CUCUCACGGUCAAGGUCAGCCGCUCCGGGCGAUCGAUCCAUCGCUUUCACGCGUUGUGCUACCGUUGCGCGGGAUUCGGCGGUGAGUGCCAGUCCAUGGAUCGAUUUGUCAAGACGGAGCUCGCGAUUCCGAUACUUUAUCAUUCUUGCGCCUUGGCGGCAUGGGGGAUGACGAUCGUCCACAGUAUCGAUCGUGCUGGGGACGGCUGGAUUGUCUGCUUGUAGGGAUCCACAUUGGCGCCAGGAUUUUGGGGCCGCCAUGGAGAAUGGGACGCUCCUGGUGGACAUCGCGCUCUCCAUCCGUAUGAUCAUUCAUAUGUGCGAGAGUGCCAAGUCGCAGCAGGGGAAUUGCUUGGUCCUGGCAGCGCAGCUGCGGCUUCUCAAGCAGCUCUUUGAUGAGCUCCGGCAGUCCAAGUUCCCGCUGUCCGACGCCACGAUCGAGGCGUUUGGAUCGCUCCAGUCGGCGCUCCAGGGGGCCAAGGAAGUUCUUGGGCAAUGCAGCAAAGGAAGCAAGAUCUACUCGUUCUUGAAAAGUCCUCAAUGCGUGGACCAGUUCCAAGAGCUGAGCGCGGAGAUCGAGACCAUCCUUUCGGCGUCGCGACUAGUUUUGCCGAGAGUAUCGAAGCAAGUCCAGUGCAUGGCGGAGAACUGUGUCCUCGAGUUAAGAAAGGCAAGUUACUCCAAGGACGUGCUCGAAGAACAGAUAAGACAAGAGAUCGAGGCGCUGCUGUGCGAUCACAGGGAAGGCAGGAAGGCCAGUCGUGAGAAGCUGGAUAAGCUAGCUGGGUGCCUGGGAAUCACCACCAAGGAACAGAUAUCUGAAGAGCUCAACGCGUUAGAGAAGGAUCGAGGUGAGGCCGGGAGGAACAAAGACAAGCUGGAGGAAGAGUUUAUCGACCAGGUGAUAUCACUCUUCAUGCAGCUGGCCGAAGACAAUUUCGACGAUGGGGAUGUCAAGGGUGAGACGCAGUCACAGGAGGUGCAAAUCCCGGCAGACUUUCGAUGCCCUCUGUCGCUGGAGCUUAUGUAUGACCCCGUAAUCGUGGCUUCCGGACAGACUUAUGAGAGGGCCUACAUUCAGCACUGGUUGGAUCAAGGGAACACUCGGUGUCCCAAGACAGGGAAACCGUUGGCACACAUCAAUCUCAUACCGAACUAUACCGUUAAGGCGUUGAUAGCGAGCUGGUGCCAGACAAACGACGUUCCUUUGCCGAAAGUGGAUGCUGUCAAGUCUACAAACUGGCUGCCACCAACGUUUUCCGAGGCAGAAGAGGCACGAGAGGAUACCUCGGUCAUUCCCAGUGGUCUGGAUACUGACUGUGAGGAACGUAGCUCGGACCACGGUAGCUCGACUGGUAUUGUCAGUGGCCGCAGAAAAGACAAAGAUGAUGUUUAUGAGAAAAGGAUGCCGAGCGGGCCUGUGAUGAGAGUGAGAUCCUCCAGCACGUACAGUAGCGAACUGUCUGGUGAAGUGGAGGCCCUGGGAUUGUCACCGUCACGCAACAGUCCGGAUCACUUUCCCAUCUUCACGAGGCAAAUGCAGUCGUCAAAGCAGAAAGAAAGGAAGAGCUAUAAGAGCGUCUACGCAGGAGGUGAUAAGGUAGCUGACGCUGGCAUUGAACGGCUCGUUCAGAACCUGGCCUCUACGGACUUGGAGGCGCAGAGAAGUGCCGCUUCUGAGUUACGUGUGAUGACCAAGAACAGUAUCGAGGACAGAAACAGGAUCGCCCAUGCAGGAGGCAUCACUCCCCUCAUCGCUCUUCUUUCGUCCGGAGACGCACAGACUCAAGAGAACGCUGUAACCGCACUGCUGAACUUGUCUCUCAACGAGCACAACAAAGCCGAGAUCGCCGAGGCUGGAGCGAUUGACCCGCUGAUUGACGUCCUCAAGUCUGGGACCAGUGACGCGAGAGAAAAUGCGGCAGCCACGCUUUGCAGUAUUUCUGUGGAAGACUACAAGGAAAAAAUCGGUGCUCGUGGCGCCAUACCUCUACUGGUCGACUUGCUGAGAACUGGCACCCCACGGGGGAAAAAAGACGCAGCGUUAGCGCUACACAACCUUUCCUUGUUCCGGGAGAACAAGGUGAGGAUAGUAGCGGCAGGAGGAGUGAAGCCACUGAUAAAUCUCAUCUGCGAGCCGAGGAUGGGAAUGGUGGACAGGGCGGUUGACGUGCUGGUAACGCUGUCGAGCAUUCCCGAGGGGAGAAUGGCCAUCGGGGAAGAGGGAGGGAUUCCUCCGCUGGUGGAAGUUGUGGAAGCUGGCUCGCCGCUCGCCAAAGAACGCGCUGCGGCCGCGCUCCUGCAAUUGUGCACCAACAAUCCCAAGUACAGGAGGACGACUUUGCAAGAGGGUGCUCUUCCUCCGCUAUAUAUUCUUUCACAAAUUGGAACUUCUCGAGCAAAAGAAAAGGCCGCUGGUAUCCUUCGUCUUUUCAGGGAGCAGCGUCAAGCAAGCAUGAGCCGUAGGAAUAGGCAUAUGUAGUGCCAAUGACGCAAAGGUACUACAAUAGAACUUUUGCAUCAUACACUUGUUUCCUUGGUUUUAAUUUUCAUCGAAACGUUUUAGCUAUUUCUUCUUCUUCGGUGGCUCAGCCUUUGGUGCCGCUGCUGGGGAUAGCUCCUGAAACUUCUGUACGAGUGCUUGCUCUCGCUGGCUAUACUCCUCCGCUAGCUGCUGCUUUGCAACCUCCAUCUUCUCGCGGACUACAAACUCCACUGCUUCUUCGAGUGUCUGUGGCUUUCUCUUACGCUCUUCGGCCAGUCUCAAAGCUUCUGCCGCCGCCGCUGCCUCCGCUGCUGCCUGGGCUGACGCGUCUUGUCUGGCUUUCUCUUCCGCUUCAGCCGCUGCCUUCGCUGCUGCCUUUGCUGCCUGCGAGAGAAACAGAAACAGUACUUCGGGUCUUUCUUUCUAGGUAGUAUAGAAGGUUUCUUACGAGGGCAGCUUCGUAUUCCUCGGUGAUCAAGGACUCCGACAAAGUGCUCCUUGUUAAAGCAGUAGGCGUAGAGGAAGUAGUGCUGGAAAAAUCUGGAGAGCCCUGGCUGAGUGGUAAGUUUCUCAAGUUUUAGUUUUCUUGUUCGUUAAAGCACUGUAGACAUCGUUCAUGAAGUUCAUAAUACUAACUUUGAGGUUGUGCUCA